AUGACCUGCAAACGAAAAGAAGAGCAGCUGCCGAAGAAGUUCACUGAAUGUUUCACCUCAUCGGCCUUGAGACCAGCCCAAAAUGGGUGCAGAUCCUUUUCACCAGGAUCCUCAGCUUCCUUACAGCAAAACCGCACCUCACAGCAAGCUCCUUCAUCUGGAUCGCGGAACUCCAUAGCACCGCUAGAUCCCACUACUUCUGUCUCCUCUCACAGUGGCAGCCCAGCGAAAACCAGGCCUCGCAUGUCAGAGGAACGUGGCAACAACUCUGAGGUGAGCCAGCUUAAUAACUCUUUAGAUGACACCAGAGAGGUGAUAGGCACUAUCAAUGGUUUCCCUACCUCUAAUCAACCAGUACCUGUACCUCGUUACUACAGAUACUUCCUGGCUUUUACGUUUGCCAUUGAUGAGAUCAACAGUAAUUCUGACAUUUUACCUAAUGUGACUCUGGGAUACUUUGCAGGUGACUCUUGUAGAAAUGUGAAUAAUGCAUUAGAUAUUGUCCUGGAGAUAUUAUCUGGAAAGGAAUACAUAGUUCCCAACUACUCCUGCUAUGAUCAUGAGAAACUUGUUGGUGUUGUUGGAGGCCAGUCAUCAGAAAUAUCUUUGCAUAUAGCUCAGAUUUUAAACAUUUAUGGAUAUGCACAGCAUGACCUUAAACUAGCCUCCCAUAUAAUGACAGCGGCAAGAUGCCUCAUAGCCCUCCAAUGGAAGCGCCGGACUCCGCCGACUGAGGAGGAGCUAUAUCAGCGUGUCAAGGAGGUGCAGGAGAUGGAACACCUGAAUGCAAGGUUGAAUAACAACCUUCAUAACUAUAAGAAGGUUCCUGUGUCUACGUGUUCUGAAGACUGUCCCCCAGGAUAUAGAAAUGUCAUGAAGAGGGGAAUCCAUCGGUGCUGCUUUGAAUGUUUGCAGUGUUCAGAUGGAGAAAUAUCUAAUGAGACAGACAAAGGAUCAUGCCAUAAGUGUCCAGAAGACCAGUGGCCAAAUGACAACAACAAGUGUCAUCCAAAACCCGUGGAAUAUCUGUCCUACAAGAACAAUACAAUAACACUUUUGAUUUCCAUCAUCUCUGUGAUUCUUUUUCUAAAAACUUCUACAAUCUUGGGAAUCUUCAUUGCAUUUCGGGACACUGCAUUGGUCAGAGCUAAUAACCAAAACCUGAGCUUUAUACUUCUGGUUUCUAUUAUGUUGGGUUUCAUCUGUGUGUUUUUGUUUUUGGGCCGCCCAGUACACACAACAUGUAUGCUGCGUCAGACAUCAUUUGCAAUCAUCUUCUCGGUUGCUAUCUCCUCUAUUUUGGCCAAGACUAUCAUGGUCUACUCAGCCUUCAAAGCCACCAAACCUGGAAGUCCCUGGAGGAAAUGUAUUGGAGUAAAAAUCCCCAAUGGUGUGGUUUUCCUUUGUUCUUUCUUUCAGGUUUUAAUUAGUAUCACUUGGUUAUCUUAUUCUCCUCCAUUCCCAGAACGAAACACCCACUUGUAUGUUGACAAAAUUAUUAUUCAGUGUAAUGAAGGCUCUGCGGUGGCAUUUUCCAUCCUCCUGGGUUACAUGGGACUUCUAGCAGCUGUGACUUUCAUUGUGGCUUUCCUGGCCAGAAAUUUACCAGAUAGUUUCAAUGAAGCCAAAUACAUCACCUUCAGCAUGCUGGUGUUCUGCAGCGUCUGGAUCGCUUUUAUCCCAGCUUAUAUGAGCAUUACAGGAAAGAACACUGUGAUUGUAGAGAUAUUUGCUAUAAUUUCUUCUACUGUCGGAAUUUUGGGUUGUAUAUUUUUUCCAAAAUGUUAUAUCAUAUUGCUGAGGCCAGAUUUAAACUCAAAAAGUAACUUACUAAACCAAAAAUGUCAGAAAUAA